AAGUACUGGAGCAAAAUUUCAAUCUUGAUAAAUCCCAUUUUCAAUACACAUUCGAGAGAGAGAAGAGAGAAAAUGUCAGGAUCCGGAACAGCAACAGGUUGUUACAAAUGCGGCAGACCUGGUCACUGGUCACGCGACUGUCCUUUCACCUCCCCCGCUUCCAAUUCCAAUCUCAAUCCAAACCCUAACGCCACCACCUCCACCGCCGAUCCACCUCCACCUACCUCCACCUUCAAACCCUCCGGACCCAGAUCCGCUGUCGAAAAACCCAAAAAGCCUCCACGUACCCGCCCCAAACUCACUCCCGAGCUUCUUCUAUCUGAUGAUGGCCUCGGUUAUGUUCUUCGCUAUUUCCCUCGCAACUUCAAAUACCACGGUCGCGGCCAUGAGGUUCGUGAUUUGGGUAAGUUGCUUCACUUAUACUCUGACUGGCACUCUCGUUUGCUACCUUAUUACUCUUUCAAUCAAUUUGUCAAUAAAGUUGAGAAAGUUGCUGCUACAAGACGUGUUAAGACUAGCCUUAGAGAAUUAAGAGAAAGAGUUGCAAAUGGCGGGGAUCCAUCAAAAUUGCGUGAACCACCAGUUGUGGACGAUGUCCCAGAUGGUGAACAAGAAAAUGGGGAAGCAAGUCAUCAAGACAAUGAGAUGUUUGCAGAACCUGAAACUGUUAACAACAUUCAAGAAGAUUUGUUCAAUGAUAUAUAUGAUAAAGCUACCGAAGAACCUUCUCAGCCCGUGCAAAAUGUGAUUUCUGUGAGUACUGAUCCCAAAAGUAGCACAACUGAAAAGACAUCAAAUGAAGUCCCAAAUAAUGGAACCAGUCUGUCCAGCAGUGCUGAGAUAACAGCAGAGCAGAGAGCCCGUAUGGAAGCAAAUAGGUUGAAGGCACUAGAAAGGCGUGCAGCUAAAGCCAGCAUACCACAGUCUUCCUAGCUUUGAUAUUCAUUGUAAAUGAAAAUGUUAUCAUUAUCGUUCUCUCUUCUUGUUUAGUUUACUCUAAAUCCCGUGAUUUAAUAGUUGACUUCUGGUGAUCUGGCAGAUAUGAGUAUUUUAUAUGAUACAUUGCAAUCUUGAAGAUUGGCAUGUUUUGAAAGUAAAUUGGUUGGUGUUAGUUGAUUAGCUUCA